UAUUUAACGUAGUGGUAAGAUAAAGCUGGUAGGUUAGCUAUGUCAAGCUAGCGUGAUAGCUCGACCUCAUGGUCUGCUUGGUACAGUGGUGCUUACCGCCUGUCUCAUGGUCAGUGGCUCGAGUUCUUGCUAUGUUAAGUUAAUGUCCCUGACUUUUUGAAAAUGAAUAUAUAUAUUUAAUUCGGUUACUGACAUGAUAUUAUACUGUUAUCUAGCGAAAUGCAUGUUGAUAUACAGUAAUAGCAUCAAAAUAACACGAUUGUACCUUUAUUAUUUAUUUAACGUAGUGGUAAGAUAAAGCUGGUAGGUUAGCUAUGUCAAGCUAGCGUGAUAGCUCGACCUCAUGGUCUGCUUGGUACAGUGGUGCUUACCGCCUGUCUCGUGGUCAGUGGCUCGUCUUUUACUAGAGAUGGUGAUCACAAGACACCACGUAACAUUGGCCCUUGUCUUUCUAGGUUGUUAGAUAAGUGUUAAUGAACUUUGCUUAUAUGGUGCUAUAUAAAUUAGUCUUGUCCCUGCAAAUGUUUUUAAUUAGGUUGUGAGAAUUUGAGUUACAGGUUAAAUAAAUUAUGAUGAAGAUUAACAGUAUAUUAUUGUUAUUGUUACUAUUUUUAUAGAGAAAGCACAGAACACUUCUUGGGAAUUACAAUGACCUGACAGCAAACUCAACCAAAAGGAAGGGGACAUUGCCUGCUGGUGAGGGUCCUUCAACAAGUAAGCAGUUGAAACUUGAGGACAUCAAAGCCUCUCAGAAGAGCACAGAUCUGGCUGUACUGAACUUUGUUGUCCAGGGUUUGCACCCUUUUGGUGUAGUAGAGCAGCCUGACUUCAUUGCUUUAAUGCAGCAUAUUCUGCCAAAUUACAGAGUGAUGUCACGUACAACCUUGAGGGACAGAAUGGAAAAUAACACAAAGCAAAUGAAAGCCAGAGUGACAAAUGCGAUGGAAAACAUCAAAUACAUCGCAACAACCACAGACUGUUGGACAGCUCAUAGACAGAGCUUCAUCGGAGUCACUGCCCACUGGAUCGAGCCUGAUGGCUUAGAGCGAUGUUCUGUUGCUCUGGCUUGCAAAAGGCUUAAAGGAGCACAUACAUUCGAUGUACUAGCCGGGGCCCUUAAUGACAUCCACACCGAGUACAACAUUCGGGAUAAGAUUGUGAGGACCACGACUGACAAUGCCUCAAAUUUUAUAAAGGCCUUCAGGGUUUAUGCUGGUGAAGAGGGAAGUACAACUGAAGAGGAGAGGGAAAAUGGGAAUGACAGUGAGAAGGAUGAUGAAGAUCUGGAGGUGGAGACAGAGGCCGUUGAAGUGGAAGCUUUAAUGGAAGAAGAAGAUGAGUGCUCUGAAUACCAACUACCAAAGCAUCACCGUUGUGCCUGUCAUCUGCUGAAUCUGAUAUCAACAGUGGAUGCCAAAAAAGCAGAGUCAAAGGAUGGCUACAGGAAGAUCUCCCGCGCAGCAUUUGCCAAGUGCUCAGCUCUCUGGAACAAGACUGCCCGCUCAUCUACUGCUGCAGAGGUAGUUGAAAAGGAGUGCAAGCUGCAACUCAUCCGCCCAGUAGACACAAGGUGGAACUCUCACUUUCUUUCAGUUGAAAGAAUAAUGAGAAUAGUUAGAGAGAGUGGAGAAGGAGCCAUCAGAGCGGUUACCAUGGCACUCAAAGUCCCCAUGUUCAGCCCUGCAGAACUUUCUUUCGUGACAGAAUAUGCAUCAACCAUGAACCCAAUCUCAAAGGCACUAAACAUAUUGCAGGGAGAGGUGGAUGUUCACAUGGGAUGGCUGGUGCCCACUAUAACCCUCCUAACUGUGAAGCUUGACCGCCUCAGAACAUCAUCCAAUUUCUGCCAGCCACUGAUUACUGCCCUUUAAGAAGGAAUACAGCGACGGUUUGGAGACAUGCUUGCUGACCCUGAGCUCAUUGCUGCAGCAAUUUUACUUCCGAAGUUUCAGACAUCGUGGACAAGCAAUGAGGACUUGCUGAAGCUGGGCCUGGACUACAUCAAGGGAAACAUGGAGGAGGAUCCGGUCCCAUCACCAGUUAGCAAUUCCGGGUCAGAGGAGGAGGACUUCUUUGGCCUUAUGAAGGGAAACGUCCAGGAAACCACGAAACAACUGGAUGCCUACCUGGCAAACUCGGCUACCUCCAUGAACACCCUAAAGGCAGUGCCCACAGUUGCCAAUGUGUCCCUUAAACUGAACACGCCGUUGCCUGCCUCUGCGGCAUGUGAACGGCUCUUUAGUACAGCAGGGCAUAUUUUUUCUGCAAAAAAGAGGCAGAAUAGGGUCAAAUUUUUUUGAAAAUCAACUAUUGUUGAAAUUGAACAAAAGGUUCUGUUAAUGAAAGGGCUUUAAAUGGCACUUAUACUGCCAUGUUCUUAUUAUGGCCAUUGUUUUUGCACUAACCUUUGGCUGCCUGACCAAUGGUAAAAUUUUCAUUUCAGGUCCUUAAUUUAAAUUUCUCGUUCUAAGAUCUGCCUUGUUCUGACCAGUUUUACACUUGUUUUUCAUGUUCCAUGUUUCCGUUUUUUACACUUUUAUAAUUAAAUAAAAUAUUUAAAGAUAUAACA